AUGUCAUCCUCUGUCCUCUUCGCCCGCGGAGUCAUUGCUCGCCUCGCCAUCUGGCCUGCCCUUCGCAUCGCCAUCGCCCAGGCAUGGGGCGGGCCGUCGUCCAUCGCGAAGAGCAACUGGCUAGCAUCCACACUCGUCGACGCGUUCGAGCAGGAGGACCCCGUGCCAGACGUGGCGUACGUCGAACUCAUGCUGCUGCAGAUCAUGGAGGAUGAAUUCGAUGCCGUCCUCGAGGAUGGCAGUGCGGAAGAGGUCGCGCGAGACGUUGUGCAGCUCUGGGACGAGGCUGCUGUGGGUCGCACCGUGAUGGUACUCGCCUUUGAGGAGCAGGCGGAGAAGGUGAAGGGCAAACAGGUGCAGGCCGAAGAGGGGGCGGCAGAUGAUAGCGAUCGGGAGGAUGACGAUGACGACGAAGGCGAAAACGGGGAGGACGAUGCACCGACGCUCCUGGAUGUUCAGCAGAGACCGCGCAAGGAGGUGCUCGAAGUGGACCAGGACGGAUUCACGAUAGUGAAAGGCCAUGGACAGAGUCACAGAUGA